AACAUCACAUGACAAUGACAACAAAUCAUGGCUAACUUGAAACUAACCGUCAAAAUAAAUUUUAUGCGUAAACUAACACUAAAUUAACCUAAUAACUAUCCACCAUCUAACAUCUUGUGAAACAUUCAGUUAAGAACUUCUAGCAUGGGUGUUUCAUAUACUGAAAAUUGUAUCAGUUGUCCAGACAAACAAGUUCAAGGCAGAAAUAUAAGUGAAGUAAACAUCAGAGCAAUCUACCGCAGUGAUGAGAUAUACAAAGAGUGCAGCUACCAGCUCCCAACCAACAACUUGUUUAAGGCCAAGAAACAGAAAUUAGUGACAAACUCUAUACUACAGCCGCAAGAAAUGAACAGACAGCUGCCAAAAACUAACCAACACCUUUAUACGCAGUAUUACUGGUCUAAAGUUUAUCCAUCCCCCGCCACAGAAAGACAAAGCAAAGACAGACCGAUUACACAUAGCAUAAGACGGCACUCGUAUGAUUCAAAAAUUGACACUACGCAAUUUGAAAAACGUGAAAUCAUCUCGAACAGAUCCUAUACAUAUCAAACAUCUACUGAGAAUGUGGGCACGUCAGUGGCGUCCUUCCUCAAAUCUCGACAAUCUCUAUCAACUAAAGUGAAGGCUUGGUACAAAAUUACUUUCCCAAAGUUGAUGUGCCCGUGUUGUACCGGCGGCAGCGACGGGGUAGCGCCAUAUAACACGCAAAGCAUGGGUGGCUCCUAUGAGAGCAUUGAUCUAAGAGCAUGUUCCAAUAAUGCCCUUCACUCUCUCAAUUUAGAUGCCUCCCUAAUGAGUAUUAUAAACUUACAUCGAAGCAUGAAAACGAAAAGAAGACCUAAGUUAUAUGCAAAAAUAUUACGAGGCAUAGUUUGCAACACUUACAAAAAUGCAGUGUGCCUCAUAAAGUCUGUAAAAUAAAAUAACAAUAAUACAAUAAAAAAGACCGCUACCAGAAUGUAUAAAAAAGGUUGAGAUGACAAGCAAGAUUUCGGGGUGUCAAAAAUGACAUUCUUCUUGCACAAAAUAAUAAAACACAUCGUGAACCAGACUUAGCUCAACAAUCAUGUGUUGCUGAUUUCAAUUCUAGCCAACGCCAGCAGUGAAAGUUAAGUAGAGUGAAAAUGUGGUUUCCAUAAAUGCCUCACAAUGAUUAUCAUUUUCCAUAGAAGUCCGAACAACGGACAAAACAUUCCCUACGUAAUAAUAUGAAUCUAAAGAACUAAAAAAUGACGGGAAGCCCAUCCAAACGAAACUCCCUAACUAACAGAGUCACAAACUCAGUGAAUAACAGUCGUAACUCAGUGAAUAAUAGAGUCGCAAACAACAAUGUUGCGAGCAAUGUUAACAACAGAGUCGCGAACAGCAACGUUGGUAACAGAGUAAACAACAGAGUGACUAACACUACUAACAGAGCCACUAAUGUUACUAACAGAGCAACUAACGCCACCAACAGAGUGACCAACAGCGCGUCUAACAGGGCAGCACACAACAAUGUUGGCAGCAGAAUCAGCGCUAACCGUCAGUCCGCCACGAACAGAGUAAGCAGUGGACCUAACCGCACCCCGCAAAGUAUAAGAGUACCCAAAGAAACUAACGAUAGACUCAAUAAUAAACGAAAUGCCGCCUUAAAACACAAACAUGCCGCAGCCAGCAGAGCCGGCAAAAUUAAAAAGAAACUAACAUGGAAGGAUAAAUGUAAAGAGUGGUUUAAAAAAAUAUGCUGUUGCGGCAUUUGUAUAGAGAAAUGGAAGAGCCGUAAACAAGCGAAGAAUUCAGGCAGAAGACGUUCCUCUGGAUACGGACGUAGCAAAGCCAAACGAAGGCAGAUGAUAAGAAAUCCGUCAGAAAGAAUAGAUGUAGUAACAUCUGAUUACAGUGACUAUGAAGCCAAAGUAUACUAUUGUAACGUGACAUCGAAUUUUGAACCAAAAUAUCCCAAACAUGCGCCCAUAGCGAACUCGAGUGAAAUCGAAACUCUUAUGAAAGUAGGAAAACCUCAGCCUUCGUUACAAUGUAUAUACUUACACGAAGAUCGGCAACGUUCUAUGGACAGCGACUACCACAAAGUGUUCGGCAACGUUAACACCACUCGCACAUUUGGUGGUCAGUGCCACGUGGCUCCUAUAAAACAAAUACCCGCGACCUCAACAACAAAAAAUAAUACAAAACCUACGUUUUUGUCAAAUUGUUUCAGUUGUUUGAAGAAAAAUCAAACUAAAGGAGCUAACCAAACAAAUCGCCAUGGACCAGUUCAAAUACCAUGUCCAGUAAUCCGGUCGAACGCGUCUAUACCUGCAACUCCACCCAAUGUGCACGUCAUAAAUCCAUUUAAUAGGAACCAGUUUGACUUCGGCUGCCAAAUCAGUUUGAAAUCCAAUCACAGCCUUGAAAUAGUCUCACAUGUACUAAACAAAUCAGUUUCUCAGAUAUCGUCUGUAGAAACCGUGAACAGUACGAAAGUUAAAAAUCAAUUACGGCGACGAAAGAAACCACCCAGCGCCUUGCAGAUCAUGAUGUACACGAUUAACAGAAGAUUCAAAGAUAAGCGAGCUAAAGACCCGGUAAGAAAUAAAAAGAAAAAUGUCGUGGUACUGCGUUUGCGAAAAGCAUUCAGCAAUACCUCGACGAAAAACACAAUUUCUACGGCGCGGAAGAGCUCGAGGUGUGAAAAGCCCUUAAUUAUUAGAGAUAAUUCAUCGUUUCAUCAAGUCAGUCGUAUCCGUCUCGUCGGGUCUCAAGUCAAAAUAUGGGGGCCGGGAGAAGUGCUCCUUAAAAAGAUUUAAAGUGGAAACACACUGUGCUGAAAUUGAAGGAGUCCGGUCGUGUUCGUCACGUGGGAGUAUCAAACUUGAAUGCGGAGCAGC